AUGGAGAGGCCGGCCCUGCGGCUCGCUCUGCUCUGGGCCGUCACCCUGUCGGGCGGCCUGGCUGUGAACCAGGAGGAGCGGCUCAUGAACUACCUCUUUGUGGAGAAGGGCUACAACAAGGAGCUGCGGCCCGUCACCUCCAGGGACGAGAGCGUCAACGUGGACCUGGGCCUGACGCUCUCCAACCUCGUCUCUCUGAAAGAGGCCGACGAGACCCUCACCACCAGCGUGUGGCUUGAUCACAGCUGGACAGAUUACAGGCUGCAGUGGAACACGUCGGAGUUCGGUGGCCUGAAGAUCCUUCGCCUGCCCCCGGACAUGCUGUGGCUGCCCGAGAUCGUCUUGGAGAACAACAACGAUGGCUUCUUCCAGAUCGCCUACUACUGCAACGUGCUGAUCUACGACUCCGGCUUCGUAUACUGGCUGCCGCCCGCCAUCUUCCACAGCCCCUGCCCCAUCAACGUCAACUUCUUCCCCUUCGACUGGCAGAACUGCAGCCUCAAGUUCAGCUCGCUCCGCUACAACGCCAAGGAGAUCACCAUGAACCUGAAGCAGGAACCUGAUCCUGACAGAACGCUCAACAAAAGCUACCUCGUGGAAUGGAUCACCAUCGACCUGGAGGCCUUCACGGAGAAUGGUGAGUGGGAGAUCAUCCACAAACCGGCCCGCAAGAACAUCGACAGGAGCGUCUCGCCCGAGAGCAGCAAGUACCAGGACAUCACCUUCUACCUCAUCAUCAAGCGCAAGCCGCUCUUCUACAUCAUCAACAUCGUCCUGCCCUGCAUCCUCAUCGCCUUCAUGGCCAUCUUCGUCUUCUACCUGCCAGCCGAAAGUGGGGAGAAGAUGACUCUGGCUAUCUCCGUCCUGCUGGCCCAGUCUGUCUUCCUGCUGCUGAUCUCCCAGCGCCUGCCAGCCACCUCCCUCGCCAUCCCCCUCAUUGGCAAGUACCUGCUCUUCAUCAUGCUGCUGGUGACCGCGGUGGUGGGGACCUGCGUGAUCGUGCUGAACAUCCACUUCCGGACACCCAGCACCCACGUCAUGUCCAGCUGGGUCAAAGAGCUCUUCCUGGAGACACUGCCGUGCCUGCUGCACAUGUCCAGGCCGGCGGAGAGCAAGCCGGGGCCCCGCGCCAGCCUGCUCAUCCGGCGGAGCAGCUCCGUGGGCUACAUGGCCAAGGCGGAGGAGUACUUCGCCGUCAAGUCCCGCAGCGAGCUCAUGUUCGAGAAGCAGUCGGAGCGGCACGGGCUGGCCAGCCGCGUCACCCCCUCCCGGCCCAGGCCCCUGGGCAUGGCCGACAUUCAAGAGCAGCUAUACAGCGAGGUGAAGCCGGCCAUCGACGGCGCCAACUUCAUCAUCAAGCACACGCGGGACAAGAAUGACUACAACGAGGAGAAGGAUAACUGGAACCGCGUUGCCCGGACGGUUGACCGCCUCUGCCUCUUCCUGGUGACCCCGGUGGUGAUCCUUGGGACCCUGGGGAUCUUUCUGAUGGGAAUCUACAACGAACCCCCCGAGCUGCCCUUCGCUGGGGACCCCUUCGACUACAGGAUGGAGCACAGACACUUCGUCUAGGGGCCACGGCUACCUGCCCCUGCUGGGCUGCA